CCUCAGUUUUGUUUCCUGUGGCUGCGGCGACAGGUCAGAGAGACUCGGAGCUUCCCUUCCCCCCCCCGAUCCACCCGUCGGACCAUCUCCCGGGCGCGCCAUGGCGGAGCACGCCGCCCCGGAGCUCCCGAAGAGGUGCCACCACUGCGCAGGGCCCCUCUCCAAGGACAUGGAAACAAGCAGCUGGACGGUGACCCCCUUGGUUAGAGAUAGCUUCUCAAUGAUCGGUUCCGCUGUUGGGGGUACUGCAGGCGCGUUUUAUGCUUUCAAUCAUGCCAUGCCUGUCGUUCGGCGUUACGUAAAAGGGCCAAUGUGGGUACACUUUCUUGUUGGUGCCCCUCCAGUUAUGGUAUUUUCUUCUGCAUGUGCUGGAUUAGCAGGUGGCACAAUACCAGCUCUUGCACAGCUGAUUUCAUCGUCCUGUCAUGCCGCCAUGUCAUCACCCUCAUUUACCCGCUCUGCUUCUCGUGAGGACAUGCACAAGAGCAGAGGAUCCUCGCCCUUGUAACUCGCACAACAGACCCAGCACUGAAUUGUAGCGCUCUACAGAAAUCCAUGGUACCACUGACAGGGGGUCAACUUUUGUAAAUGCCAAGAUUUUCUUGCGGAAUGACGCUAAAGCUUGUACUGCCCUGUUCGCAUUUUUUGAUAUCUAUCAAUAUGCAUAGGUUGUGUCGUUUAUGAUAUCGGGUUAACUUUUGUUCACAAUAAGUCCUUGGGUGUUUGCUCAACUCAACCUGAGGAUCUGUUCAUCUGUUCCAAAAUGGUACAUACUUUUGCUUGUUA